AUGCUGUCUGAUCCUGCCGUUCUAGAAUGUUCCUAUGGCGAGUCAGAUGUUUUACAAAGGGCAUUCUCCGAGUUGUCGUCGUACUACUCCGGUCUGACGGGUGCGACUGAUCUGUCAAGUAGUGAUCUCAGUUCUUUCUCGCGAGAAACAGAUGACAGCGCUGAUGGCGAAGGAGAAUCGUCUGAAGAUGACGAGGAGUUCACCGAGUCAUCUUCAACUUCGUCCUAUUCGACCCAUCCAUCGGACACGUCAUACGAACUUUCCACACUCAUCGAAGAGACCGAUCGGGAGAAACUCGCAAAUUUCGUACGCCUACGGCCUAUCGACAGAAAGUGGAUAAAUGCUGCAUGGACAUAUACUCAAAAUGAGCCCAUGUUCCGUAGGAGAGUGAAGAUGAAGAAAGUCGUAAGGAAAAUACGCACUGAUUUAAAACUUGGCUAUCAUUGGACUGAAUUACAUAGGGAAGUGAGUUCUAGAUAG